AUGAUUGACGAAAGUUUUCUUCUAAAUGAAAAUGAAGAAUUUGGAGAAUAACUCCUGGAAGAUUUCACAAUCCUUCAAAAAUUGGGAACAGGUGCCUUCAGCAAAGUCUACAAGGUCUAGUACCAGGAUCAAAUCUAUGCCCUGAAAGUAUAGUUCAAAUUGUUCUAGGUUGUUGAUAAAUAAUUGGCUACUGGAAAUAAUAUUGUAGAAAAGCUCAAUCAAGAAGCAUACAUUCUCAACACUCUGGAGCAUCCAAACAUCGUUUAAUAUUACAAGACAAUCGAAUCCAAGCGGAAACUUUAUUUUCUUAUUGAAUACAUUGAUGGGAAAUCUCUCCAGGAAUAUCUUGAUAAAUCAUUGAACGAAUCUCAAAUAAGAUCAAUUUUACAAUAAAUCAUAUAUGCAAUUGCAUAUAUUCAUAAAAAAGGUAUAAUCCAUAGAGAUCUAAAACCUGGUAUGAACAUCAUUAUAUAUAGAUAACAUCUUGGUUGACAAAGAAUGGAAUGUGAAAAUCAUUGAUUUUGGCUUGAGUUUCUAAACAAUAAAGUCAACUACUCACGAAACCUGUGGCACCUUAAUUUAUAUGGCCCCAGAAGCAUUGAUGAAAAAGGAAUACUUCAAAUCAGUGGAUAUCUGGAGUCUUGGAAUUAUACAGUAUAUGAUGUUUGCCAAUUGUCAUCCCUUUUGGACUGAAGAUACACGAGAGACAUUCUUAAGGAAAAUGAAAACUCCUUAGUAGGCAUGUUAUCCUUAAAAUAUGAGCAAGUUCAAAAUUGGCAUAAUCAUAGAAUAGAGCGGCCAUAUCAUUUUUUGAAAAAACUGCUGCGUGGGAACCCGAAGCUAGACUUACAGCUGAGUAAGCCCUGAUUCAUCCGUGGAUAAGCGGUGUGAAUGGUCAAAUGCCAAUGUCAUCGAAAGAUAUCAUCCAAACAUUUAAAUGCUAAAAUGAAUUCCAUCAAGUAUUCUCAUGUUUGAGUAUCAUUUAAGUUGAUAAAAUUGUUGAUGAUCCUGAGAUUGAUAUAGAAAGUGAGUUAAAAACGUGACGUCUUACAAACACAAUAGUAUAGAGCGCACUCCUAGUUUCAAAAUAAUUUACAACCUUUGAUUAUCAGUUCAAGGAAUCCUAGUUCUCAAUAAAAAUUGAAGACCGAAUCCUAAUAACUCCAACCACCAUUGUCUGCUCACAGAACUACCAUAUCGAGAAUGCAGAACAACUCUUCUUUUCUUAGUUUUUAAGAUGUAUUCUUAUUUUACAAGUAGUAACCAAGAGAGGAUGUGCGAUUGAAAUAGAUGAAGAACAAAUAGCAGUAAUUUAAGUUGCCUCCCAUUAAUACCAAGUCUGCUAACAAUUCACCCUACAAUAGUAAAUCUACUUAAAUGUUUACCUUCAGUCCUUAUAAGAAAGCACAACCCAAUGGAGAGGUUAAGAAGUCAUAAUUUAAAUUAUGA